CAUCCCCAUGCCAAAACACCACUCCAAAGCACCACAAAAUCAUCCAAACCCUAAAAAAAGAAGAAGAAAACCCUUGCUAAAAAUGCUUUCCCGCGCCUUCGUGAAGCCGAGGAGGGUUCCCGACGAGAGCAGAGAGACGAGCAUGCUGCGGUCGUCGUCCAUAUUCGAGCACGAAGACUUCCUGUUCGGGUUCAUGGACGACAUCCCGCUGGUGUCGUGCAGCAAGAGCGGGGCGGAGAUGACUCUGCGGCAGGUGCUGAGGGCGUCGGUGGGGGUGAUCGGAGAGAGCCCGAUGGGCAUGACGGAGAAGGUGGUGCUGUUGGGAGGGAGGAUCAGCGCGGUCAAGAGGUUUAAGAGGGUUGUGAUAAGGAGGAAUGAGUUUGGGAGGAGGGUUCAAAGGGUGGCUGUCAUUGGGAAUGCAUCUGAGUAUUUGGUGCCUCUCACUGCUUAUCUCUAUGCCAAGAGGAUUAAAUUUGUUGUCUCAGAUUAUUAUCCCAUGGGCUCCCUUGCUGACUUGCUUUCUGGUGCAAAGGAAGAAGGGCACACCGCCUUGGAAUGGAAGUAUAGAUAUAGGAUAAUCCAAUGCAUAGCGAAGGCAAUAGCAUUCAUCCACUCACAAACCCCACCAAAGGAGAGGCACUUGAAGCUCAACGUGCAUGGCAACAUCAAGACAUCCAAUGUGAUGAUCAACGUCGACUUCUCCGCCCGCCUGUCCGACUACGGCUUCGUCCAGCUGGCGGACCAGGUGGCGGUGGAGGACACGGGGCAGACUGAGCUGGCGAUCUACGAGCAGAAGCUGUCGCAGGAGAGCGACGUCUACAACUUUGGCAUCGUGUUGAUGGAGAUAUUGGGGUGGCCCGAUGAGUCAUUAGGGGCCAAGAUGGGUCGUGUGAGUGAGCUUUGUGUGGAAGGGGGAGAAGAUGAGAAGCAAAGGUCCAAUGUUUUGGAGAUUGCUUCGCGUUGUAGGAAUUGCUUGGCUCAUGCAAGGCCUACUAUUAAUGAUGUAGUGGCUUGUCUAGGUUGAUUAGUCUCCCUUUGAGUGGUAUAAUCUCUUGUAUCAAUAUACUUUUGGAUUCUGCAUGUAAUUAAGGGUAAUCCAAAUUUACAAUACUUACUAUAUA